CAUAUGUUCAGCACAAAAGUGAUGGAACGCGUGGCGAAGUACUGUCAGGCGAUCCGCAAAGUAUACGAGAAGGAAGGAAUAAACUCUUCGCAAUCCGUGGCUAUCCGCAAGAAGUUGUCUGACGAGACCGCCACAGCACUGAAGUUAUUUUGGGAGGCAUCAUACUAUGAACCUCUCUCAAAAUUGAGGAAGCAAAAGUUUGCACUAUUAAUCACAACUAACAUUUUGUUUUGCGGUGAACUCCAAUCUACGUUAGCGCAAAGCGCUCGACAUUCUGCCAUCUAUAAUCUCUACCUCGGUGAUCUCCAUAGAUACCUUACGAACGCUGAUCAGUCCUCGUUGUGUACAGUGUAUUACCGGCGUGCUGUAGAGAUGGAUGCAGAUAUAGGCCAACCCUUCAAUCAACUAGCUCUAAGUGAAACGUUGGUGAGCUCCGUCAGGUGUGGUUUAAUUUGUCUUGCUCAGAUCGGUUUAACAUAUGCAUUUUUCUUAUCUUGUGUGUUAGCAGUAGCACUUAAUCACAGUGGGAUUGUGGACUAUUCUGUCCGUCGUUUGUUUCAGAAUGUGUGUGCCGACGCACGUCCUGCCAUCAGGAUGUGUGAGAUGUGGCAAACACGAGGUAGAAUUCGUGUGAUUACGGCCUCCUCACAUGCCGAGUGCUGUUCGUCUCUGGUGGACUCGGUCACUUCGGUCGCUGACGUAGGUGGCGAUUCGUCAACACACGCUAUGGUGGCACUGCUUGUCGAGGACGUUGAGAGCUUCCAAGACAUGCAAAUUCCGUGUAAGUGGCAAAUCACUCUACCCACAAAUCUUUUCCCACAAUCUUGUGGGCACACGGGCAUUGGUUUUCACGACAGUGUCCGUGUCCUACCAGUGCUGAGGGCAGGGAAGUGCUGUCUCAUCGUCUAG